AUAUCGUGGUGGUUGAAGUCUCCCAUGAGGACCAGGUCUUAAAUGUAUUAUUUCGGACUCAUAAGACUCAAGAUGUAAUUUUUUUGUUUUGUUUGUUGUCAGGUGAGUGUAAGUGUGAAGACACGUGGUCUGGAUGCAUAAUGGGAGACACGGGGUAUUAUCUUCCAAGCAAGUUCUCCAAGUGUGAUAUUGAAGAAUAUCAUGAAUUUUUAAACAAUGGAGGUGGAGCCUGCCUUUUCAAUAAACCAACUAAACUUCUGGAUCCUCCAGAAUGUGGCAAUGGCUUUGUGGAAGACGGAGAAGAGUGUGACUGUGGGACGAUAGCGGAGUGUGCCAGCGAAGGAGGAGAGUGCUGCAGUACUUGCACCCUGACAGCAGGCUCCCAGUGCAGCAACGGGCUUUGUUGUCGGAAGUGCCGGUUUGAACCUAAAGGAGUUUUGUGCCGAGAAGCGGUGAAUGAUUGUGAUAUUGCAGAGAACUGCACAGGAAAUUCCAGUCAGUGUUCUCCCAAUAUUCAUAAAAUGGAUGGAUAUUCAUGUGAUAACAAGCAGGGUAUUUGUUUUGGUGGAAGAUGUAAAACCAGGGACCGGCAGUGUAAAUAUAUCUGGGGUGAAAAAGUGACAGCUGCUGACAGAUACUGCUACGAGAAGCUGAAUAUUGAAGGGACUGAGAAAGGAAACUGUGGAAGAGACAAGGACUCUUGGAUACAGUGCAAUAAACAGGAUGUGCUUUGUGGAUAUCUUCUGUGCUCCAAUAUAUCCAGUGUGCCCAGACUUGGAGAACUUGAUGGUGAAAUCACAUCAUCAAUCUUGCAGUUUGGAAAAAUCUACAAUUGCAGUGGGGGCCAUGUGAAGCUUGAUGAGGAGACAGACCUGGGCUAUGUGGAGAAUGGGACGCCGUGCGGGCCAAACAUGGUGUGCCUUGAGCAUCGCUGCCUGCCUGCUGAAGCCUUCAACUUCAGUACCUGCCCAGGCACCACAGACAGCCAAAUUUGUUCAGGACAUGGUGUUUGUAGCAAUGAAAUAAAGUGUGUCUGUGACCGAUUCUGGGGAGGAGAUGACUGCAGUUCUCGCAUCAAAGAUGAUAUGUUUUUUGAUAAAGAUGCCAUCAAUAAAGGUGUUGUUAGCACAAAUAUAAUAAUAGGGGCUAUUGCUGGCACCAUUUUAGUGUUGGCUCUCGUUUUAGGAAUAACUGGUUGGGGUUACAAAAACUACAGAAGACAGAGACAAAUACCCCAGGGAGAUUAUGUAAAAAAGCCUGGAGAGGCCGACUCUUUUUAUAGCGACAUGCCUCCUGGAGUCAGCACAAACUCUGCAUCUAGUUCUAAGAAGAGGUCUGCUUUUCUGUCGCAUUUUCAGAUUUCUACCUGUUCCAUCACCCAUUAUUCCAUUAGUCAGAACAUUUCAUUGUUUUGCAGCAGGUCAAAUGGAUUAUCUCAUUCCUGGAGUGAAAGGAUCCCAGACACAAAACAUAUUUCAGACAUUUGUGAAAAUGGGAGGCCCAGGAGUAAUUCUUGGCAAGGUAAUAUAGGAGGAAACAGAAAGAAAGUCAGAGGCAAAAGAUUUAGGCCACGGUCUAAUUCAACUGAGACACUGUCGCCUGCAAAGUCUCCGUCUUCAUCCACUGGAUCUAUUGCUUCCAGCAGAAAAUACCCUUACCCAAUGCCACCACUUCCUGAUGAGGAGAAAAAAGCCAACAGGCAAAGUGCCAGGCUAUGGGAGACGUCCAUUUAGCUGCAGUGUUUUCCUGGGGUGACAACAGAACUGUUUACUUCGAAUUUUAUAGGAACUCAGCAUCACUGAGUCAUUGCACAUUCAUCUGCUCUUCAGAUAAUUCAAAAGAUCAACAGAGAUGCCCGUGAUCACAGUGAGAACCUCCUCUCAUCUGGAAGGGAAAAAAGCAGUCUCUUUUUUUUCUUUCUUUUUAAUUGACUAGUACUUUAUGGAUUUGAUGAAGAACCAAAAUCAUAACAAUUAACAGGGGAUAAUUAACCCAGACGUGACAAGGCUAUUCCGCAUGAUGACAGAUACACUUACCUAGAAUCGCAACUGCAGUCCGUUUGCCAGUCCUGCAUAAGAGAGGUUUUUCUCUGGUCUAAUGCAGUCCUGAGUCAGACCAGAGUGGAACUGGGAAGGUGCCUCCUGGAGAGCCCAGCCGAUGUAAACUUGUACGCUGUAUGCAUGAACCUUGUGUUCUUUACUUUCCACAUGUAAAGGAUAAACAACAUACUGUAGUAGAAAUUAGCAUGCAGGAGUAAGAAAUGUAGGAUUUUUUUGUGACAGGAUUUCAAGCUUUGAAAGGCAACUAUUUGACACAAAUGUCAAACAAGAAUAUAUCUUUUUUUUUUUACCUUACGUGUUUAUAAUCUCAGUAUACAGAUUGUAUAUAUGUAAACAUUUGAUAAUGUCAAAAAUAGCUAAGUGUAUUUUGCCAAAUGCCUAAAGAAAGAGUCAUCACUAACAUCAUCACACUUCAAGUUUUCUAAUAUUACAAGCCGACAACUUUGGAAAUAC